AACCAACAUCAUGCUCAAUGAAAGGGAUUCUUACACUCAGAGAGAACGAUACCAUCACUUUCACGUGGUCAGUCAAAUAUGCUGGUAACAGAGACGAUGACCAGAAACCCACUAUCAUUUGGACAUUGAAUGGUACAGAGCAAAAUGCAACUGUAGAUGAGACAACGCCGGGAGUUCAUAGUUCUACAUUCACUAUGGCAGCAUCGAUUAUUGAUGACAAAAAGGAACUACGAUGUUCCUUCAUGAUGCUUGGUAUUCAGGAAUAUUGUUCCACUUGGCUUGAUGUACAAUAUCCAGCGCGGAAGCCUACAAUCGUUGUCGAUGGCAAGUAUUUGGAAGAUCAAGCAAUACUACAAAGCAUGGUAGGAUUCAAUGUACAUUUACAUGUGGUAUCACAAGGGAACCCACCGCCAUUUUAUACAUGGCAAUUUAGAACGAAAAGAAAUCAAACUUUUGGAGCUGAGGAAUUUGGAGACACAAAGCAAAUCAACAACAUACAACUCAAUGGAACUGGAAUAUAUCGAUGUUGUUCAGCAAAUAUACUAAAUGAUAAUAAGGAAUGUAGCGAAUUUACUAUAAACGUUGACAAAGCGUCUUGUAGCUGCGUUGGAUUCAUCCCUGCUAUUAUUGGUGGAGCAAUUUGUGCAACGUUAGCAAUCGGUAUCUCAUCUUCAAUGGCAUUUUGGGUCUUUAAGCUGAAACAGGAAAUCAAAUGGCUUAGAUCAAGGUCAGAUCAAGAUUAA